UGAAAACUUUUUUUUAACGUCAGUCGUGAAUUGAAUUUAGAACGCAAUCGGCGUAAAAAUUCCAGCGUUGUCCCCCCGAUAAAUUGAAAAAAAUUCUUUUACCGUGUCAUCAUUUUGUGAAUAUCUGUCAAUAAAUCGAUAUAUAAAUAAAAGUAAAACGAUAAUUGGAUAAGUGCAAAAUGUGCAGCGAUUAACCGUCGCAAACGAAAUAAAUUCUGAAAAAGCUUCGAAGGAAGUCUGAAAGAAAAAAUAAUAAAAAAUUUUCUGUGGAAGAUACUCACUAAUUCUUCGUGCUGUGUGUGGUGCAGAGUGUGUUGUAUAUGUGGAGUGAUUUUCAAUUAAUUUAUUUUUUCCGCUAAAUUGAGAAAAACUACGCAAUCACUGGAUUAUUUUUGGAUAACCAAUUUUUCCCAAGACAAACUCUUUUAUAAUUGAACCGAGAAUACAUCCGCUAGCCGCCUUAAUCGUUUGUGAUUAGGUGGUAUUGAUUCCAUUCAAAAUUAAGUGAAACAACGACAGUUACAAUUGAUCACGAAAAUGUCACAUCACAGCGAUGAUCAUCUUUUACAAGCGGGCAGCGAUUCCUUUUGGGAACCGGGAAACUACAAAAGAACAACAAAACGAAUAGAGGAUGGCUAUAGACUGUGUACAGAGCUGCAGACUCUUAUUCAAGAACGAGCAGAAAUCGAAAAGGGAUAUGCAAAGAAUCUACGAGCCUGGUCGAAAAAAUGGGGCGAGUUAAUUGAAAAAGGCCCCGAAUAUGGUACAAUGGAAGCAGCAUGGAAAGGCAUUUUAACAGAAGCUGAACGAUUGUCAGACGUGCAUUUACGGGUUAAAGAAAAUUUAAUUGCUGGGGAAAUUCAAAUGAUUAAAACCUGGCAAAAAGACAAUUUCCAUAAGACAAUGAUGCAAAUAAAGGAGAGAAAAGAAAUGGAUGAUAAUUUUAAGAAAGCCCAGAAACCAUGGGCUAAACAUUUAGCAAAGGUUGAGAAGACCAAAGCUGAUUAUCACGCUUCCUGCAAGACUGAAAAAUCUGCCACAAAUCAAGAAAGAAAUGCCAAUGCCGAUAGUUCACUAUCACCGGAUCAGAUCAAAAAGAUGCAGGAUCGAGUGCAGAAAACAAAAGAUGAGGUGCAAAAGUGUAGGGAAAAGUACGAACAAUCGCUGCAAGAGAUUAACAAAUACAAUCCCGUGUAUAUGGAAGAUAUGACAUCAGUAUUCAUCAAGUGCCAAGAAAUGGAAGAGACUCGGUUAAGGUUCUUCAAAGACGUUCUAUUCAAAAUUCAUAAAAGUUUGAAUGUGUCCAAGGAUCCCAGCUUACCUCAGAUAUACGAAGAACUCUAUCACACCAUCAACAAUUCGGAUCACCAAAAAGAUUUGAAAUGGUGGUCGAACAAUCAUGGUGUUAACAUGGCAAUGAAUUGGCCAUCGUUCGUGGAAUAUACUGAAGAGUUCCGUGACAUUGCUAAGGGCAAUAAAUCCAAAGAAGCCUUACCAGCGGCACCGAUCACCCUGAUACAUCAACGACCAGUUGGCGAGGAAUUGCCUGAAUAUCCUCCACCAGCCAACAAUCGAAACAGUGUAAACCGAACAUCAGCCACAGUGACAAAUGCUAAACCAACAUCGCGUGUCAAUAGCGAAUCACCGAAAUCGGAUAGUACACCGUCGCAGAAUUCACAGAAUGCUUCGCCCAACCACAGAGCAUCGACAAUAACGAACGGCAAUGGUAACGGCAAUGGCAAGACCGAUGCUAAUCCAUUCGAUGAAGAGGAGUGGGACGAGGGCGAUGGUGAAACGGUUUUGGUAGACAAUGGUGAGCCGGGUGUUCCAGUGAAAGCUUUAUAUGAUUAUGAUGGGGCUGAAAGUGAUGAAUUGACAUUCAAGCAAGGUGACAUAUUUGAAAAGCUCGAAGACGAGGAUGAACAAGGCUGGUGCAAGGGCCGGAAAAAUGGCAAAGUAGGUUUAUAUCCAGCAAAUUAUGUCGAAAAUGUUCCGUCAUAAAAACGAUAAUGCAGUGCAUGAUGAAUAUUCACCGUUGAGGGUGUAUUAGUGUUAAAGAUGCACCGCGAGAUGGGGUGUGUGUUGUGUUAAAUAAAUUUCUUUAAAAUGAAAGGGAAAAACAAAGGAAGAGAAAAACAAAAUAGAAUUUCGUUAGAGAGAUUUGAUCAUUUCACUCUCUCAAUGGGAAAAACACCUAACACCACAAAAAUGUUGUAUUUUGUUGUGACAUUUUUUGGUUUUUUUUUUUCGUUUUGUUUGUGUGGAAUGAUUUGAAUUUACCGGUAAAUUUAAAUUAUUUUAUGUUUUAAAACAUUUAUCCUUUUUUUUUCUUUGUUAAAUUUAGCAGUUAAAGAGUUCUGGUAAUAAGAAUCAAAAGAAGAAAAAAAAUCUUUAAAUAUUUUUGUUAUUUGUUAUUUAUCAAGAAGAAG